AUGGGCCCCGGUGAGGGCCUCCGGAGCCCCAAAACUGCCGAGAACCCCUUACGUCGGGAUCUCUGCGUAGCGCGAGGAGUUGUGGGCCUGUCUCUUCUCGGCUCGUGCUCUGGCCCCCUCUGGCAGGCGGGCCAGUUCGACGCGGCCAAGGAGCUCCUCGACGUCCUAGGCAAGGAGAUCGACGAGGCGUACGAGGUGCCCGCCCUCAUCCAGUCCGAGCUCCAGAGGGCCAACGCGCAGCUCUGGAAGAAGCUCGAGCGGCCCCAGGACUUCUACAAGGCCUCCAUCCUCUACCUGGCCUUCACGCCGCUGGCGUCCAUCCCAGCGGCGGAGCGCCCGCGCCUCGCCUUCGAGGUCGGGGCCGCGGCGCUCGUCGCGCCCGAGGAGUUCAAUUUUGGGGAGCUGCUGCAGCAGGAGCUCCUGGGUUCGCUGGAUGGUUCGGAAUACGCGUGGAUCAAGGACCUCCUCAAAGCUUUCGGCGAGGGCAAGUUCGACUUGUUCGAUGGUGCCGUAUCCACUCACCGGGCCAAGAUCGACUCGACGCCCGAGCUCAAGGCAGCCGUGGACACCGUGUUGAGGCCGAAGAUGUGCGCCCUGGCGCUGAUGGAACUCGCCUUCAGGAAGCCGAAGAAGCAGCGGCGCCUCACCUUUGCCGAGGUGGCAGAGCACUGCCGCGUCGGCCCGAAGGACGUCGAGAUGCUUGUCAUGAAGAGCAUGUGCGCCGGCCUCAUCAAGGGCCAGAUCGAUGAGGUCAACCAGAUCGUGAUGGUCACCUGGGUGAAGCCCCGCAUCCUCGACACGGUGCGCAUCGAUCUGAUGAGGGAGCGAAUGGACGCCUGGGGCGCGCAGACAGGCCUGCUCCUGGAGCACCUGGAGGAGAUGACGCCGGAGCUGCUGGUGUCCUGAGCUCCGCGGGCACGCGCUCAGCCGUUGGCAGCGCAGAGGGAUCGAAGAGAGACACGGGCGAAGCGGGCACUGGCAUACACAUCACAAUUCGCCGCGCUAGCCGGUGGCGCGCGCGAGAUCACUGCUGCCCCGUAGGCCCUCUGCAGGCCGCGGCGGGGACUGUGAUGGACGCCCGCCGAUGGUGCACACAGCCUUGAACAGGAUGACUUG